CGGGGAAUCCCAGCGCCGGGGCCAGUUUGCCCCUGGGGAGGCUCCAGGCAGCUUUGUUCCUGGGCAGUGGCGGGGUUGGCCGAGGCUGCGGCGCUUCUCCGCAAGGAAGUGUCUUCCCCGCUGUCCCUGUUCUGUUUCUCACACACUUUCUAUUUCAUUCUGUAACUUUCAAGCCUUUCCUUCGAACUGCAUGUAUUUAGUUACUUGUUUUCAAGCCAGUUCUCUCUCUGGCCCCCCGGCCUGGGGAAAGCCUCCCGACCUACUGCAAGUCUUGUUUAGAGUCUGAGUUUGUGAGAUUACUGGGGGGAGAGUGGGCGAGUGGCUGGCAGGUGACCCCCAGGAGGGACACCUGGGGCUGGUGUCUUCUCCCAGCGGCUGCUUCCAGUGGGCCUGGGCCCAGGACUGGACCCCUGCUGGCAUCCUGAGUGCUCCCCGCCAGGCCAUGCUGCAGUAGACCGUAACAGCGUCUCUUCCUGGCCAAGAAAAGCCUGUCCCCAAGAACGGGAGAGCCAUGGCCGGCCUCCGAGGGAACGCUGUGGCUGGGCUCCUCUGGGUGCUGCUGCUGUGGAGCGGGGGCAGCGGCUGCCAGGCCCAGCGGGCAGGUUGCAAAAGUGUCCACUACGAUCUGGUCUUCCUCCUGGACACCUCCUCCAGCGUGGGCAAGGAGGACUUUGAGAAGGUCCGGCAGUGGGUGGCCAACCUGGUGGAUACCUUCGAGGUGGGCCCAGACCGCACCCGUGUGGGGGUCGUGCGCUACAGCGACCAGCCCACCACCGCCUUCGAGUUGGGCCUCUUCGGCUCGCGGGAGGAGGUCAAGGCGGCGGCCCGGCGCCUCGCCUACCACGGGGGCAACACCAACACGGGUGACGCGCUGCGCUACAUCACGGCCCGCAGCUUCUCCCCGCGCGCCGGCGGCCGCCCCGGGGACCGCGCCUACAAGCAGGUGGCCAUCCUGCUCACCGAUGGCCGCAGUCAGGACCUGGUGCUGGAUGCCGCGGCGGCCGCCCACCGCGCUGGCAUCCGCAUCUUCGCCGUGGGCGUGGGCGAGGCGCUCAAGGAGGAGCUGGAGGAGAUCGCCUCGGAGCCCAAGUCCGCCCACGUCUUCCACGUGUCCGACUUCAACGCCAUCGACAAGAUCCGGGGCAAGCUGAGGCGCCGCCUGUGUGAAAAUGUGCUCUGCCCUAGUGUUCGCGUAGAAGGAGAUCGCUUUAAGCACACCAAUGGAGGAACCAAGGAAAUCACAGGUUUUGACCUGAUGGAUUUGUUCAGUGUGAAGGAAAUCUUGGGGAAGAGAGAGAACGGAGCGCACAGUUCCUAUGUACGGAUGGGAGCUUUCCCUGUGGUGCAAAGUACUGAGGAUGUGUUUCCCCAAGGUUUACCUGAUGAGUACGCCUUUGUCACAACCUUCCGGUUCAGGAAAACAUCUCGGAAGGAAGACUGGUAUAUCUGGCAGGUCAUCGACCAGUACGGCAUCCCACAGGUCUCCAUCCGGCUGGAUGGUGAAAAUAAGGCAGUGGAGUACAGCGCUGUAGGUGCCAUGAAAGACGCUGUCAGGGUGGUCUUCCGAGGCUCCCGGGUCAAUGACCUCUUUGACCGGGACUGGCACAAGAUCGCCCUGAGCAUCCAGGCCCAGAAUGUCUCCCUGUACAUCGACUGUGCGCUGGUGCAGACACUGCCCAUUGAGGAGCGGGAGAACAUUGACAUCCAGGGGAAGACCGUGAUUGGCAAGCGCCUCUAUGACAGUGUGCCCAUCGAUUUUGACCUACAGCGGAUUGUGAUCUACUGUGACUCGCGACACGCAGAACUGGAGACUUGUUGUGACAUCCCCUCGGGUCCGUGCCAGGUGACCGUGGUGACAGAGCCUCCACCUCCACCCCCACCCCAGCGGCCUCCCACCCCAGGCAGUGAACAGAUUGGAUUUUUGAAGACUAUCAACUGCUCCUGCCCAGCUGGAGAGAAGGGUGAAAUGGGAUUUGCUGGCCCCAGGGGGCUCCCUGGUCCAAAGGGAGACAUAGGAGCCACUGGGCCGGUGGGCGCUCCUGGACCUAAGGGAGAGAAAGGUGAUGUGGGCAUAGGACCUUUUGGCCAAGGACAAAAGGGUGAAAAGGGUUCCAUGGGUCUGCCCGGCCCCCCUGGGAGAGAUGGCAGCAAAGGCAUGAGAGGGGAGCCCGGAGAGCUGGGAGAGCCGGGGCUACCGGGUGAGGUCGGCAUGCGGGGGCCCCAAGGACCACCUGGACUUCCCGGACAUGGCGGAGCUCCUGGUCUCCAAGGAGAACGAGGUGAAAAGGGAACUCGAGGAGAAAAGGGGGAGCGAGGCCUGGAUGGAUUCCCUGGGAAGCCUGGGGAGGCAGGACAGCAGGGGAGGCCUGGCCCUCCUGGUGUGGCAGGACCCCAGGGAGAGAAGGGUGAUGUGGGACCUGCGGGGCCGCCUGGGGUACCGGGCUCUGUGGUGCAGCGAGAGGGCUUGAAAGGAGAACAGGGAGCUCCAGGACCCAGAGGUCACCAAGGCCCCCCUGGGCCUCCAGGCGCUCCCGGUCCAAUAGGCCCAGAAGGCAGGGAUGGACCUCCUGGUUUGCAAGGUCUCCGAGGAAAGAAAGGUGACGUGGGACCACCUGGAAUCACUGGAUUGCUGGGGCCGCAGGGCCCUCCAGGACCACCUGGUGUCCCAGGCCCUCCGGGACCGGGAGGUUCUCCGGGUCUGCCUGGAGAGAUCGGCUUCCCGGGAAAGACUGGGCCUCCUGGGCCCGCGGGACCUCCUGGAAAGGAUGGGCUAAAUGGACCACCAGGCCUUCCAGGAACCAAGGGAGAACCAGGAGAAAGAGGGGAAGAUGGUCUUCCUGGAAAACCAGGCCCUCGGGGAGAAGUUGGGGAGCAGGGCCUGGCAGGCCGACCUGGAGAGAAGGGAGAAGCAGGCCUCCCAGGAGCUCCAGGCUUCCCAGGUGUGAGAGGAGAGAAAGGAGACCAGGGAGAAAAAGGUGAACUGGGACUUCCAGGACUGAAAGGUGACCGAGGUGAAAAGGGCGAAGCUGGUCCUGCAGGCCCUCCCGGGUUACCUGGAACUCCAUCCCUGUUCACACCACACCCUUGGAUGCCUGGACAGCAGGGGCCCAAAGGAGAGAAGGGCGAUCCGGGCAAGCCUGGGGAACCGGGACUGCAGGGCCGUCCUGGAGAAUUGGGGCCUCAGGGACCCGCUGGACCACCGGGUGCCAAGGGACAGGAAGGCACGCAUGGGGCUCCUGGAGCAGCUGGAAACCCUGGUGCUCCUGGACACGUAGGUCCCCCCGGUCCCAGUGGCCCUCCAGGAAGUGUGGGUGCUCCUGGCCUCAGAGGCCCCCCUGGAAAAGACGGGGAGCGUGGUGAGAAGGGAGCAGCGGGGCAAGAAGGAAGCCCAGGACCCAUUGGUCCCAGGGGAGAUCCUGGCGCUCCUGGGCUCCCUGGGCCACCUGGAAAAGGGAAGGACGGAGAGCCGGGACUCCGUGGAUCACCUGGACUUCCUGGACCCCUAGGAACCAAGGGGGACCGAGGAGUCCCUGGGAUCCCUGGUUCUCCUGGCGGCCGUGGUGAUCCGGGCAUUGGGGUUGCCGGCCCUCCUGGCCCUUCUGGACCACCAGGAGACAAAGGCCCCCCGGGAUCACGAGGCUUACCGGGAUUCCCCGGCCCCCAGGGACCACCCGGCCGAGAUGGUGCACCAGGAAAUCCAGGAGAAAGAGGGCCCCCUGGCAAGCCAGGCCUCUCUUCACUACUGUCUCCAGGGGACAUAAAUCUCUUGGCUAAGGAUGUGUGCAAUGACUGCCCUCCUGGCCCCCCAGGCCUCCCUGGUCUACCAGGUUUUAAAGGGGACAAAGGUCUCCCAGGAAAGCCAGGGAGAGAAGGCACAGAAGGAAAAAAGGGAGAGUCUGGGCCUCCAGGCCUACCAGGGCCCCCAGGAAUAGCCGGACCACAGGGAAGUCAAGGAGAACGUGGUGCAGAUGGUGAGGUUGGACAGAAAGGUGAUCAGGGUCAUCCUGGAGUUCCAGGUUUCAUGGGGACCCCAGGGAGCCCUGGGCCACCAGGGGCCGAUGGAAUUUCAGGAGCUGCCGGACCACCAGGAAUCCAAGGGUCACCUGGGAAAGAAGGCCCUCCUGGCCCCCAAGGCCCAUCUGGAUUACCUGGAAUCCCAGGAGAAGAAGGCAAAGAGGGCAGAGAUGGAAAGCCAGGUCCCCCUGGGGAACCGGGCAAAGCGGGAGAGCCGGGUCUACCAGGACCAGAGGGUGCCCGAGGCCCACCUGGCUUCAAGGGACACACGGGUGAUUCUGGUGCACCUGGUCCCCGGGGAGAGCCUGGUGCCAUGGGGCCUCCUGGCCAGGAAGGGUUACCAGGAAAAGACGGUGACACUGGACCUGCUGGGCCACAGGGUCCCCAAGGACCGAGGGGCCCACCGGGUAAGAAUGGAUCACCAGGAUCUCCAGGAGAGCCUGGCCCCCCAGGAACCCCCGGCCAGAAAGGAAAUAGAGGAGAAGAUGGCAGCCCAGGGCUUCCUGGCUUCCUGGGUCCCCGUGGGCCUCCGGGAGAACCAGGAGAGAAAGGAGUGCCAGGCAAGGAGGGGUCCCCUGGGAAGCCUGGAGAGCCUGGAGCCAAAGGAGAAAGGGGAGACCCUGGGAUCAAAGGUGACAAGGGGCCUCCUGGUGGAAAGGGCCAGCCAGGGGACCCUGGAAUCCCAGGCCACAAAGGCCACACAGGCCUGAUGGGUCCCCAAGGACCACCUGGGGAGAACGGACCGGCUGGGCCCCCAGGGCCUCCAGGCCAACCGGGAUUUCCAGGACUGAGGGGGGAGUCUCCGUCCAUGGAAACCCUGCGUCGCCUUAUUCAAGAAGAGCUGGGGAAGCAGCUUGAAACCAAACUCGCCUACCUCCUGGCCCAGAUGCCCCCAGCACACAUGAAGGCAUCUCAAGGCAGACCUGGGCCCCCAGGGCCCCCUGGAAAAGAUGGACUUCCAGGCCGGACCGGCCCCAUGGGGGAGCCAGGUCGUCCUGGGCAGGGGGGUCUGGAAGGACCCUCUGGACCCAUAGGUCCCAAAGGUGAACGAGGAGCCAAAGGUGACCCAGGUGCACCUGGGGUUGGCCUCCGAGGCGAGAUGGGACCCCCUGGAAUCCCAGGUCAACCUGGAGAACCUGGCUAUGCUAAAGAUGGACUUCCUGGGAUCCCUGGCCCUCAAGGGGAGACAGGACCAGCUGGACAUCCUGGCCCCCCAGGACCCCCCGGUCCUCCAGGCCAGUGUGACCCUUCCCAGUGUGCCUACUUUGCCAGCCUUGCUGCCCGGCCGAGUAACGUGAAGGGUCCCUAGAGGACUCUGGAAAGCCAGAAGACUGCAGUGGAUUUCUGAAACUUGAACUCAGAGCCCAAUGGGAAGCCAGAGGUCUUGAAAGACUUCAGCCAUGUGUUCCUUUUUUUUCCUUUCUUUUAUCAUUUGCUUUUUGUUUUAUUUUCUUGAGAGACCUCAAAAUUAUUAAAUCCAACAGAUGCUGCCGGUCGGUCAGAUUAUUAUUAAUAUUAUUGUUGUUAAUUAUUAUUAUUAUUAUUUCAUAUGCUGAUGCUUUGUGAGCUCGUUUUCACUCCUUUAAAGUUGGGAAAACUUGAUUCGUGGGGCAGGAGACUGUUUCUUCUUUCUUCUGACAGCUCCCAUCUGAAAUGCAACUGCCCAUUUUAAGGAAACUCUUGGUGCUACAAAACCCUGACCAGACACUUGACAAAUUUACCUCUUUCUUCAAAAGAAAAACUUUAAGAAAAUGAGACAAUGGGCUUCAUUCUCAAUCAUGCCCAGAAAUCACCCAGGGAGAAAUAAUACAAAUGCUGCCACUUUCCAGAGAGGGAAAGGAAGCAGGGAGAGAAAGAAUUUACAACAGAGAGGAAUGUUCCCACCUCCCUCCUGGUGGGAAGUGCAUUUGGAGAACACAGAAUCAGCCCUCAGGCUGCACUCCAGCCACCUCAGGGCUUCAAGCUCACAGGAGUGAAAUAAUGUCUGUGGGUUGGCAAAGGCUUUGCGGGAUCUUAUGUCUUGGCCAAAGAUGGGAAAACCCAUGUUGAAGAGGCAGCCUUUGAGUGUUAAUUUGUCUUCUAAACUGUGGGUAAGAUCCCUUCAAGUUCCUCUUGUUGGUUUCAAUUAUAUUAAUUAUAUAACAAGCAGAUGUGAUGACCAUCCACUUGUGUUUCCCUAAUGGCGGGCAGUUGGCAGGGCACUGACCAGAGCUGGGAAAUUUGUGUCUCCAGGGCUCUGUCUCUGAAAUAAAUGUCAUCAAGUGCACAUGUGUGUGUGACAUGCCCUGCUUGAACAGGUGCUCAAUAAAUCCAAGUUUCCUUCUCCUGA